CGGCGGGCGGCCUUCGGAGCGCGAAGAGCCGGAGCCGGGGACCGCCUCUGUUCAAGCGCCACUUGCGGGCUUCCCGGGGGAGAGGAGCGUUUGGCGCUGCCGGGAAGCCGCCUAGUUAGCGGGAGCUCUACCGCCAAGGUUGCCCGGGAUCGCAGGCGUCGACUCACCCCAAAGCGAGGGGGUGCUGUGGCCUCCGGUGCUCCCGGGGACCCGCCGGCCAGCCCGCUGAGUCUCAGCUCAGAAGAAGGAUGGAGCAGACACCCUGGUCACACAGCGUGUCUGCCAUGAAGAUGAGCUCCACGACGGAGAGAUGCUGGAAGUCGAGGUGGCCGGAUACCCCGUGCUGCUGUUGAGGGAAGGCCUGGUCAUCCGAGCGCUGGGCGGCCGAUGCCCUCAUGCUGGAGCUGCCCUCUGCAAAGGCUACUUGGCAAAGGGCCGGUUGCGUUGCCCCUGGCAUGGUGCCUGCUUCAGCACCGAGACUGGUGACAUUGAAGAAUAUCCCACCUUGGACUGUCUGCCUGUUUUCCAAGUAACUGUGGAGGAGGGGCAAGUGUAUAUUUCAGCCAGGAUGAAGGAUCUUGAAAGCAGCCGCAGAGUGAAGCCCAUGGCCAGAGAGUGCCAGCUGGACCCCCAGACUGUUCUGCUGCUAGGAGCAGGCCCGGCAGCCCUGACCUGCGCUGAAACUCUUCGGCAAGAGGGCUUCACUGGCAGGAUCGUCAUGGCCACCUGGGAGAACCACCUUCCCUAUGACAAGACAAAGUUAACCCAGGACUUGGGGGCCCCAGCGGAGAGCCUGUAUCUCCGAAGUCAGAGUUUCUUGGAUGCCCACGACAUCGAAGUCUGGAAGCAGAGUGAGGUGGUGUCUCUGGAUCCUGCAGGCAAAAUGGCCCGCUUCCGGGACGGGACAUCCCAGGCAUACAGCAGCCUGCUGAUUGCCACAGGCAGCAGCCCUCGGAAGCUCCAAUGCCCAGGCUGCAGCCUGGAGAAUGUCCGCAUGCUCCUCACCCCUGAAGAUGCCAACCGGAUCUUGGCCUUGGCCCUGGGCAAGACCGUCGUGAUUGUAGGAGCCUCUUUCAUUGGGAUGGAGGUGGCGGCCAGCCUGGUUGGCAAAGCAGCCCAGCUACAGGUGGUGGAAAGAGAAGAACUGCCCUACCUGCUGACCCUGGGAGGUCAGGUGGGCACCGUGGCCAUGAAGAUGCUCCAAGCCCAGGGAGUUCAGUUCCACAUGAAGGUAGAUGUGGCCCAGAUGCAGGGCGAAGAUGGGAAGGUCACCGGCGUUGUUCUUAGCAACGGUUCUGUUCUCCCUGCUGAUUUGGUGGUAGUGGGCAUCGGCGUCACUCCAAAUACCAGUUUUAUCCAGGGAAGCUCCAUCCGGCUUGACCGUGGAGGUGCCAUCCAGGUGGACCUGUUCAUGCAGACCAGCGCCCCGUCUGUCUUUGCUGCUGGGGAUGUGGCCUCCUUUCCCGUGGCUCUGUUUGGUGGGAAGUCUGCGUCCAUCUAUCACUGGCAGAUUGCCCAAGCCCACGGACACGUGGCGGCCCUGAACAUGUUGCACAGGCAGAAGCCGCUCCACACGGUGCCCUUCUUCUGGACCAAGCUGCAGUCAAAGAGCAUCCGCUACGCAGGCUACGGGACGGGCCACACGGAGACUGUGCCAAAAGGUGAACUGGGCCAGGAGAGGUUCCUCCUUUUCUAUCUCAGGGAUGGCUGGGUGACUGCAGUGGCCAGCCUGAACUUUGACCCCCUGGUGGCCAUGGUGGCCGAGAGCCUGUACUCUGGGAAAUGCAUCUCCAAGCAGGAGGCAGAGUCCAUGACAGAGGAGAAGGAGCUGCCGAAGGAAGAGCCGCCCCAAUAGUCUGCCUCAUCGCUUGGGGGGUCACAGGCAGAAGCACCCUUUUGUCGGGCUGAAAUAAACCGAGAACAAGAAAA